UCUCCCUCCUUCUGGAUUUAACACCCCCACCAGCUUUGCUCUUUCCCACCUCUUCCAGGACCCUCCCCAUUCCUGAUUUCCAGGAAAUCAGUCUCCAUCUUCUUCCUCCUUUUCUCCUCUGGUCCCCACAGAGCUUCCCAUUUUUCUGGAAGACCUGGACCCCAAGUCUACAACCACUGGGGACCAAUGGGACUUAGGACUCUGGUCAGACCUCCAAAAAGGCCCCUAACUCUGUCACCCACCUUCAGCAGUUCCUUGACUUGGGGGAGGGAAGAGAAAUGGCUCUUAUUUCACCAUCGGUUCCUCCUCCCACAGCCUCGCCAGGGGGGUGGCCUACAAAGGGGAAGAGGCUGUGUCCUGGAGGAGCCUGGGCGGUCAGUCCCAGGGCUGUGAGCCUUCCAAACCCAAAGGUCGAGCCGAGGGCUGGAGGGUCCAUGAAGGUCAAGGCCUCCUCCGUCCUCCCCAGAUUCCCUGCUUCCCUACAAGAUCUCUGCCAUCUUCAGCACCUCACCUAGCCCAGGCUGAAUCCCACCCAGCUCUGCCCCCUGAUCUCAGGGCUUCCCUGCCCCCUCCCUUCCUCCCUCCACUGCAGUUCAAGAAGACGACCCAUGGCCCAGGAGGCCACACACCUGAUCCCCCUCAUCCUGAUGGUGCUCCUGGCCUCAGGCUCCUGGGCACAGAACACAGAGUUCCUACAAAAACCAGAGGGUGAGAUGAUCGUAGUGAGAUGCUGGUACAAGCCCUCCCAACGCUCAAAGGUGAAGACCUGGUGUCGGAAAAUGUCAGCAAAUUAUUGUACAUUACUAGUGGGCAGGGGCAGGAAAGAGCCCCAAUCCUCCAUCCAGGAUCAACUCAAGCUUGACUACUUCGAAGUCACUAUGACUAAACUCAGGGUAAAUGACUCCGGAGUCUAUUAUUGUGGAAUCUAUGAAAAUACCGAGGUCUACAUUCUCAGAACCAUCCAUCUGAAGGUGUUUAAAGCUUCAACCCCUCCCACCACCAGGAGCAUCAGAAUGACAACAGCCAUGGCCUUUGCCACCAGCCCUGUCAUUGGAAGCCCUUCAGGCAACCGGAAGUGGAUAUUCAUCUCCUCUGGCGUGGUGGUGGCUGUCCUGCUGCUGGGGUUCAUUGUCCUCAUGGUCCUAUAUCUCAGGAAAGCCCGAGGAAGAGACAGGAAAGGUGAGAAGGAAUCCCACCACAUCUAUGAGGACAUUUCAGAUCACAAGGAAGUGAAGGCCCCUGGCUUCCAUCAGCAGAUCCUCUCUGAUGAGGACACUGGGGCCAUCUGCUAUGCGUCACUCAUCCAUCUAAACCACUUUGGCACUGAGGACUCCAUCUACAGUAACACUCACCCAAACUCUAACCUGAAGCCCGUGCCCGACCCCCUUCAGACUGUGGAAUAUGCCAGCAUUACCGGAAAAAGACUGCCACCCUCCCCGCCAGCCGCCCUCAGUGGGGAGCCUGGGAAUUGAAGCAGAAUUCACCAGGCAGUGACCACUGGCCAAAAUGCUCCCUAGGUACAAAGCUACUCUACCAGCAAUGGGGGGACUUGAUGUGGCAGAGAUGACCACAAGCCGUCAGGGGCCACGCCCUUUGGAGGCAGAGUGCUGCCAUAGACAAGCUGUGGGCAUAAGAGAGGGGUUUCUGGGUCCCUCCCCGGUACCACCCCCCAGGGGCUAGGAAGAGUGCUACAGCAGAGUCCAACUAGGCAGGGGCCUGGGGCCCUCUGAGUAACCCAUUUUUUUUCUUUCCUUCUUUCUUUUUUAAAAAUAUUUCUAGUUGUGGAUGGACA